AUGUCCUUAAUAGAUACCACAACUGUGCACGCACCAUCAUCAUCUUCUGCUUCCUUAAAAUUAGAGAAGACAGAUCAUCAUAUGGCUAUAACUAGAUCUACAGGGGUUGAAUUCACUCCUCCUGUGACUCACGACAUGGUUCGAUCCCUAUUUGACCCAACAAUUAAGAAAUCAUUUUUUGAAAUUAUUGUUUUAGCAAUAUUACUAUCUAAUUUUAUUUUAGCUUAUGUCCUUUGCAUUAAAUUAGGCGCCAAUUUUACAAAAGAUUUUUAUAUCUUACAAUAUAUCUUCUGGAGACUUUCAUACAACGUCGGUAUUGGGUUCAUCUUACAUUAUCAAUCACAUUACGAAUCCCUAACAAAUUAUGCAAAGAGAAACAAAUUAUUUGAUAAAAAAAAUCAGUCCAAUUCAAAACUGGCUAGAUUAUUACAGUUUGAAUUGAAAAGUAAAUUGAACAAAGAGGAACAAAAUAAUAUUUACUCAUAUCCUGAUGAACUAAACGUUUGGCUAAUCUUUAGACAAUUUGUAGACUUGAUUUUAAUGCAAGAUUUUAAUACUUAUAUGGUCUAUGUUUUUUUAUCUCUACCCAUCAAUAAUCUUUCUAAACUGAUUCAAUGGAAAUCCAUUUUUGGCCUGCUUUUGAUUCUUUUCAAUAUUUGGGUCAAGUUGGAUGCUCAUCGUGUUGUCAAAGAUUUCGCAUGGUAUUGGGGCGACUUCUUUUUCUUACAAAAGGGAUCUGAACUGAUCUUUGAUGGCGUCUUUAAUAUAUCUCCACAUCCAAUGUAUUCAAUCGGUUAUGCAGGAUAUUAUGGCUUAUCUUUGAUCAGUGGAGAUUAUCAGGUUCUUUUAAUAUCCAUUUUUGGUCAUUUAUCCCAAUUCUUAUUCUUAAAAUACGUCGAGAAUCCACAUAUUGAGAGAACUUACGGUAAUGAAGGUUCUUCUGAUAGUUCAAUUUUAUCAUCAAGUGGUAAUUGUGGUGUUGAUGAUUUAAUCACAAGAGAAAAUUAUGAUUAUUCAAGACCUUUAAUAUCUAUUGGUUUUUGGUUAGAGAAUUUUGAUAAACUAAGGAUUGGUGACAUCACUACUGUGAUUUCUAUUUUAUCUCUGAUUGCCUGGUAUUUCGAAUAUCAGCCAUCUGCUUUCACCCUAUUUUUAUCAACCUUUAUGGUCAAGUUAGUAUCAUGGUCUUUGAUAAGUGCCAUUCUAUGGAAACAACAUGUCUCAAAGUGGUUUACCAAAUUGUACUUGUCGAAUGGGUACACGCAAGUCUAUUCUUAUCAACAAUGGCAAUUUUUAUACAACUAUAGUCAAACUAUAAGUUAUUCUCUAUUAAUUUUACAAACAGUUAAUCAAAUGAGGCAGUGUUAUUACAAUCGGAACAUGGAAAAUCCAAUUAAAAGCUAUAUGAAUGAUAUCAUAUUUGGCUUAUUGUUAUGUGCUUUACAAAUCUGGUGUAAUGAGGAGAUUAGAUCAGCUAUCUCUGAUUUUGGUUGGUUCUAUGGUGACUUCUUUCUAAGUAACUAUAUUACCCAUAAAAAAUUGACAUCACAAGGCAUCUAUAAAUAUUUGAAUGACCCAGAGACUGUCUUAGGUGUUUCUGGUGUUUGGGGUACUGUUUUAAUGACACAAUUCUGCUAUCAUAAUGUUUUGUUGGCUACUUUAUGGACAUUGACCAAUUUCGUAUUAAUUAAAUUUAUAGAAAGACCCCAUCUAAUUAAAUUAUAUGGUAACGAUAAUGCAAAUAGACAAAGUGGCGUUCAAAGGACCCUGCUUCAAAUGAAACCCAUUAGACGUGUAAGUGAAAUUGUGGAUAAUAUGGAGCGUUUAAUCAUCACAAAUUUGCUAAAAACCAGUGGUAGGAAUACCCCUCUUGAUAGUGAUGAGGAACAAGAUAAUAAUAAGAGCAGUUCCUUAGAUGAAAUAGCUCUAUCAAAACGUAAAGAUUGGAAUAGUGUUUUAGAGCAUGCAUUAUACAAUGUCAGUAAGAACUUAAAGACUAACUGUGAAUUAAAAUUGCUAUCAGUUAAAAAUAACACAGUGAUAUUGCCAAAUGAAAUUAUCGUACAUUGGAAGAUCCCAAAGGAGCUAUACGGUAUUAAUGAUUGGAUUGGAUUACAUAGAGUGAUAGACACUCAAAAUAAUCAUAAAUAUAAAAGUGUUUCACCUGUAGGCCACUGUCAGUCUAUUUUUAAAGAUUCCAUUAAUAUCAAUGUGAGUAAUGGUAACGGUAAUCAAUAUGUUGAAGGUGAUAUUAUCUUUAACCAUAAUCAAUUAUAUUUUGAAAACGGGAUCUUUGAGUUUAAGUACCACCAAAGGACUUCACAAAAAGUAAUGGCGAUUUCACAACCUUUUAGAAUCAGAUGGCCCCAAUUACGAAUAGAUUCGCUUGAAUCGUUAAUUAAAUCAUUAUCUGAGUUAUGUGAAAGAAUCGAAUGCGUUGAAAGAAGAAGAAAUAAUAGUAAUAGUGAUAAUAAUGACAUACACAUUUCAUUUAAUUCCAAUUUCACUAUUGAAUCACUAAGAAGUUUGCUCCGUGAUAGUAUGGGUAUUACGCUGAGUAAAGAAUAUAUCAAAAAUGUUCAAGGAAAUGUUAAUACCCUCUGUAGUAAGGUGUGGGAAGUUAAGAAAAUCUUAGACGAAUUAGAUUGA